UUGCUGACAUCAGGCAUGCAUACGAGGGAACUGUUAUGUAGCACGCAGAAUGUAUCACGUAGAUGCCGGCUUAAUACUUCCUCCAUAACUACAGGCUGCUGCUCGGAGGAGACGUAGAUCUCCGCGGAUAAUUCUUUCACUGGUGCUUCCAGCUAACGACACCUUAAAGCAGGCGAGAUGUCUUCUUAUGAGGAGAGUGAGUCCAAAUUCUGGCGAAAGGCAAAGGAGAAUCCAUUUGUCCCAGUCGGGAUGGCUGGAUUUGUUGCCAUUGUUGGCUACAGGCUGAUGAAAAUGAAAAGUCGUGGAGAUACAAAAAUGUCGGUGCACCUGAUUCACAUACGUGUAGCUGCCCAAGGCUUUGUGGUGGGAGCAAUGACUGUUGGUGUCCUGUUCUCCAUGUACAGAGAUUACUUUGCAAAGCCUAUUGAACAAGAACAGAAAGCAACCCAACCCAAGUGAACAUGGCCUCUUGGACUCAUAUUUUAUGUCCCUUAGUAUUGCCUCAUAUUAAGGUGUGCACAAGAUUUGUUUCACAGAUGUCCUGACUUUUUUUUAUGCACAUGUCUGCUGUAAAUAGCUGAAACUAUUUGAUGACACUGUGCAUAGUCGGAGUUGUAUUGAUCCCAUCAGGUUUUUCUUGGUGUUAUUAUCACUGAUAGUUUGGGGGCAUUACUGAAAGUUCAUCUGCUCUUGCUGUGAGUGAAAUAUCUACAAAAUAUCAAAAUGAAAAUGUAUAAACUUUGCUGAACAUGUGUGUUACUAAGUUGGGCCUGGAUUAAAAAUUAACCACCAAAUGCUACAUAUUUAUUUUUGUCUCGUAUCAGCUAACCAUCCCUGUUCAUUUCCUGUACUAAUACUGGGAUGUUUGCCAGAUUAAAAUUGAUUGCACCUGAGCUCAUAUAUUUCUAAAUGAGCAUCCCAGUGCAUUUUGGGUAUUUAAAGCCGUUCACAGCACUUGGCUGUCAGAUGGAGCAGAGCCCUAAAGUAAAAAAUAAUGAUAGUGAUAAAAUAACUGAUACUGGUGGUGUUGAGCUAUCUUAUCCUAUAGAAAAAAAUCUAUAUAGCCAUUAUGUUGAAACUGUGGAGAAAAAGGCUUUAAUUCUGUAGCUUUUAUGCAGUUUCAUUGUAAUGGUGACAUUCUUUUAUUUAUUUUUUCACUUCAAGUUAGCACUUGCUUCCGUGGAACAUCUAUACACUGUGUAGCAGCCUCGUGUUUAAUUAGUUGCCUUGUGAAGUUAUUCUCUAAGCUAAGUUGUACACAAGUACAGGAUGUCAUUUUAGUUAAGUUUUUUUUAAAUGUUAAAGAAAAUUGUUUUGUUUUUUUUGUAUGGAUUUAGGUACCUUGAUGUAUUUUGACUGUUAAAUGUUUUCUUUGUGCCAUUAUAUUGUUAUUAAUCACCCAUCUUCUGGGUUGUGUAGUACACCUACAGCAGCUAAAACAUUUACAGUUAACAGGAAAGGCUCACAACACUGUAAACUAAUGAACUCAACAGCAUGAAAGGACCGACUCUACAGUGAUCAUAAAGUUCUCCCCAAGUUUGAACCACAAUAUAACAUUGCAGCUUUUUGUUGUUGGGGUCUUUUUUUUUGGUUUUUGGUUUUUUUUUUAGCUUCUCACUGACGACAGUUUCUAACAGGUAAUCUUCUGACCCUUUCUAAUUCUACCAAAUAAAGCUUCUGUGAUUUGCUCAGUCA